ACUGGUUGUCAUACUGGUACAAGGAACAAUCUUUACAGUGAUUAUAAGUGAGGAUCUGUCUUAAAGAACAGGUGAAGAGUUUUCUUGUCUCUGGGGACUUCUCUUGGCACUGAAUCAUUAACCUAAACCAACACUGUUCUCAAACAAGUGAAAGUGAAAGGAAGGAUUACUAGAAGGCAGAACUACGUCAGGCUCAACUCGAGGGUGAAAAUGGCUUCAAGAUCAUUCUCAGAAGAGGAUUUCUCCUGCCCUGUGUGCUGUGACAUCUACAAGAAUCCAGUUAUUCUGACCUGUACUCACAGCAUUUGUACAGAAUGCCUGGAUAUGUUCUGGAACACUAAAGGAUCCAGAGAAUGUCCAGUCUGCAGAAGACGGUGUUCUAAGGAGAUGUAUCCUGUUAAUCUGAUUCUAAAGAAUCUGUGUGAAACAUUCCAACAUGUGGAACACCAGAGAGAACCCUUCUGCACUCUGCACCGAUCAGAACUGAAGCUCUACUGUGAAGAUGACAAGCAGCUUGUAUGUUUGGUGUGUCGAGACUCAAAACUCCAUAGAAACCACAACUUCAGUCCCAUUGAUGAAGCAGCACAAGAGUGUAAGGAAGAGCUGAGGAUGAACCUGAAACCUUUGCAGCAAAAUUUGGCAAAAUUGAAAGACGUGAAAAGAGCAUAUGAUGAGAGUGCUGAAGACAUCAGAAUCCAGGCACAAAACACAGAGAGACAAAUUAAAGAGAACUUUGAAAAGCUUCAUAAGAUCCUUCAAGGUGAAGAAGAAGCCACGAUAUCUGCACUGAGGAAGGAAGAGGAGCAGAAGAGUCAGGUGAUGAGGGAGAAGAUUGAGAAGAUAACCAAGGAUAUCUCAUCGCUUUCACACAACAUCAGAGCCAUGGAGGAGAAAAUCAGAUCAGAUGACAUCACAUUAUUGCAGAGUUACAAGAGCACAAUGGCAAGUUUCAGAGGCCGGUUCUCAUUGCCAGCUCCAGAAAAGGACCCAGAGACACUUAACCUGGGAAAAUACCUUAGCAACAAAGGGGUCUUGGAGAAGAUGAAAAAUAUCUUAGAACACACUAUAAGUCUGGAUCCCAACACUGCACACCCUCAGCUCUACAUUUCCCCAGAUAGGACCAGCUUCGGAUACAGUAGAAGACCACAGCUGCUUCCUGAUAACCCAGAGAGAUUUGAUGACUGGGUCAAUGUGUUGGGCUCUGAGAGCUUUGGAUCUGGGUUGCACUGCUGGGGUGUGGAGGUUGGAGAAUGCAGUAAUUGGGAUGUGGGUGUGGUGACAGAGUCAGCCAUGCGAAAGGGAGAAAUUACUGACUGGCCAGGAGUUUGGUAUGUGCAUUUUGGACAGGGAAGUUAUGAGGUGGUUGAAUCUCUACAGCCAAGGCGAAGGUUUGCAGUGAGGCAGAAGCCCAAGAAGAUCAGAGUGCUGCUGGACUGGGAGAGAGGGAAGGUGUCAUUCUAUGAUGCUGAUAAUAACACACACCUACACACUUUCAGGCACGCUUUCACAGAGAGAGUGUUUCCCUAUUUUGGUUCUCAGUGUCGUCAAGUCCUUGUGAAAAUUGUACCAUUGGAAUAGUGUGGUGAUCAGCAUAUUGAAGUUGCCAUUGGGGAACCAAUAGACAUUCAGGUCAUUGGGGAAUCAGUGGAGACAUAUUGUACUGUAUUGUGUCAUCAUAGAUGGUGGUGUGGUGUUUGGCAAAAAAAAAGAUGGUGAUAUGGUGAAAAUUGCGGAGUUUUUUUUUUCAUUUACAUUAAAUUGAAAUGUGUAGGCUAUAUGGUCAAUGGUAUUUGAGUAUGCAAUGAAUAGAUCAACCAAUUCAUAAAUCAACAAAUGUAUACUUUUGCGCAAAGCAGAUGUGAUGGAAGUCUCUCUCAGCAGUUCUAUGAGGACAGGCAACAUUAUGGAAAUGGGUUUGCUCAGUAUAAAGAACUCAUCUCAUGGCACCAUAGACUUCAACUUCAUUGCUACACUCUGACUACAGGUAUAAAUUGGCUAUUGAGCGGAUACAUUAGAUGCAUUGUUAGCGUCACUGUAAUUUAGUUCAGUUGGUUUUAUUAUUUCACCGUAAUUCUUUAUUACAUGGUUAAUGCCUUUUGGAUAGGCAGUUGACAGGGUUUUUUGUUGUUGUUGUUGAACCAAUCUAUGACUUAAUGUAGUCCUUUGUAGUAGAUUUGAUUUGGAUCAUGAUGGUGUAGCUGUAAUUUAUUGCUGUACUGUUUACUCUGACUUUUAAGACCGGUUGGCUUUAUGCUGUUCCUUUUUGCUAUUCGUUGCAUGUUAUACUGUAUGUGUCUUAUUAUUUUAGUGGUCUGUGUUGGCAUCUGAAAUGUGCCGUUUUGAAUCCUGUUCCAUUUGGGAGAAUAUGGAUGGAGGACGAGUACGUAUCAUGAGUAAUACUAGUGCUCCAGUAUCCACAGCUGAAGUAUAACUGAUUAUCCAGGUAUAAUUGAUUCUCUGUACUGUGUUCUGUGCCUGUUUGCAUAUCUGCACAUUUCAUAAUAAACUCACAUGAGGGAAAUA